UAUAAACAGGGAAAAAGAAGCACUUGAGUGCUGUCGACUCACUUAAGACACAGGUCUUGAGAAAGCCUGACAUAACUCAAGCAGAGAGGAUUCGUCAGUCUACUGCCCAUCUCAGAACAACAUGGCACAGACUAAACUGGGAGCUAGGAGCCCUUUAAUGGAGGCAGCAGUGGGGUUUGCACUGGGAGCAGUGGGAGGCUGCAUACUGGGAGCUACGGAGGACCCAGUGGACAAGGCCCUGUCAAUGAUGACUGCAGCCGGUCCACUGAAACCAGUGAUGGAGGAAGUCAGGACAGUGGGUGCUCUGGGGAUGGGCACCCUUAUUGGAGCCACAGCACUGACCACGGCGAUGACCUCAGUAGUAGCUGGUGUGAUUCUGGCAGCAGCAGUAGCUUCAAUGUUCGUGGCCACGAGGAGCUGCAGGGCCUCCCACACAGACUCUGUUGGCAUGUGGGCAUCAGCAGGACUUGCUGGGGCCUUCGGGACCACUCUCAGCGGAGCAACACUUGGGGUCGCUAUUGAAUGGAUUGUGAAGAAUUAUGGCAUGGUGGGCCUUCUGUGGGCGCUGAGCAUAUUCACUGUGCUCAAACCACCGUUGCACUUUGUAUUUAAGCUCCUCUGGAAGCAGGGAGAGGCCUGUUGCACUCUGGGAUCUAUAGUCAGGGAGAAGAAAGAGAUUGAGAUUACAGAGUCACAGCAGAGACAGAGAGUGGCUGUGCAGAUAGAGCAGAUGAUCCUGAUGCUGGAGAAGGGAGGCAGCACCAGUGGGAUGGAACACAGGACGACAUGGGUCACUGAGCGAAGGCAGAGGGAGGAAAUAGAGAGGAAGAAGAUGGAGAGUCAAGAGGCAGAGAUGGAGCAAAGAACCAUCCAAGACUGGAUCAACACCGUGGUGUUGAAACAUGUGGACUUCUUGGCUUUCUCAGGGAUACCAAUGACAGUGGUUGCCAUAGUAACAUCAGGGUUUGGGGUGUUUGGUUAUGGAGGCCACCAGUCUGUGUUUAUAGUGCUUCUGGCUUUGGUUGCAGUCAUAGCCUAUUUGCUUCUGAAAUCUUCUGACUUUAAGUUCUGGAUGUUGGUAGGAUGCAUGGGAAUGCUUGCAACGUUCGUCAUCGCCAUGCUCACCCUACAUGCCGGGCAGGUGGUCGUAGCAACUGCCAUGAAGAUGCAACUGGCAGGGCAGAGUCAGUCCAGAGAAAACAUCAGCACUCAUAUGAACCACCAAUCCUCUCUGGAAGCCAUGAACGCAGCUUUCUUUGUGGCAAAACUAUGUGAGCUGGGUUUGGGGGCUACAGUGGGGGGACCGCUGGUGAGGCUUGCAGCUGGAGAGAUGAAAGUCAUAGCGGGGGCAGCUUUAGUGGCGUGGGGUUUACUGGCCGGGGUGGAGGGUGUAGCCCCAUUGCUGGGGGAAGGGGGGAACGCUGGGGCACUGCUGGGGGUGGUGGGUGCUGCAGGGGUGUCUGUGGGUGCAGCGGCAGCUGUGGCUGGAAGGUGGUCCUCAUGGCUUGGAACUUUGGGAACAAUUGCAGGGUUAGUUAUAGGAGCAUUAGGGAUGGGAAAAUGGCAUAUUGUCAACAUCGGACUGCAGGUGCCUGUGGCCUAUGUCUUCGCUAUGACCAAUCCAUUUUAACACAUGUUAAGAUCUCAUAGGCCUACUGUAAAAAAUGUUGUCAAUGCAUUAUAAGUUGCCCAUGUAUCAUUUGCACUACCUGUUUUGAGUUACUCUAUUUUAAAGGAUACGUGUGGUUAUAUGCUAUAUUUUUCUUACAGUCAACUAAUCUCAUGUGCAGAAUCCAAACCAACAGUAAAUGUAUCUAACAAAUAUUGUGUGUGUAUCACAGCCUGAUGGAUCUUCUUCCUCUGAGCCAUAGAGCUCCAUUGUUGUCAAGAAACUAUUAAAACACAUCAGUGAGCCACUCUGUUGCACUGGGUGACAUGUUCCUUCAUCACCAUGAACACACACUGUAGUUUAUUCUGACACAGUCAGUGACUCAGUUUGAGUAAUGUUUGCUAAAAACUACGGUGAGCAGCUGUUUUAGGUAAUUACUGAACCUUUUUUAAAAAAGAGAAACUAUAUAUUUGUGAGGUGAAGAUUUACAUUCUUCAGUAGGAACCAUUGGGCUUAGAGCUGAGUGCCACAGACAGGGUAAAGAAGUCAGAAAGCAUUGAGAGACAGACCAACAUAUUGUUGGUCUCGAACUUUUUGACAAUUAGAAAAAUAUAGAAUAACACCAGACUUAUCUUUUGACCUGAUUCCUAUUUCACCAUAUUUUGCCCAUUAUACCAAUCAUUUUGCCAAGAGCUUUUGAUCUUUCUUGCCAGAUGUGGCUCUAAAACAAACUUAACUUAACAGAUCAGUCCCAAAAACCAAAUCCUGAGAGCACUACAUAGUGUAUUUGAAUUACACAUUUUUGAGAAUCUGGGUAACUUAGUCAGAUAAGAUCCAUGCAUGUAACUGCACAGGUAAAAAACAAAAAACAAACUUAUCUUCCACCCAUCACCCUUGGGGAUCUUAAUAAACACACCUGUAUCUGAAUAGGGUUCUAGUCACCAACACCCAGGCAGGCCAGAUGUAGUAGUGUAGCUCCAUAGUGCAGCAGCUGAUGAUGCUUUAGAAUCAGCUCAAAAGAAGAAAUAAGACAGGACGAAGGACAACAGGAUUAAACUGGACAAAGGUUUUAUUCUGUUUUAAUUUUGUUUACUAUGUUUUUAUGAGCCAAGGGAUUCUGUCGCUUAAAGAACAGGCCUACUGUUUCCUUUGAUGUUGAUGUUUUGUAUAAUAUGCCAUAGUGUUUUGUAUUUUUACGUGUCUGUGCCCAAUACCCAUUGUAUUAUAAUCUCUCUGUGUAAAUUAAUGAAAAUGAAAAUGUAAAGAUCUGCCUCUGCUCAAAUUCUAACUUUCCAGAUUUCAAUAGAAGGCUCCAUCUAAGGUAAAAUAGUCAGUCUGGAUCUAGAGAACCAAGCUCUAUAGUUAUGAUUCCAUUGGCAUAUAAAAGCUGCCACUUCUCCUUAGACAAUGAAUUAGGCUCAACAUUGUUGACACACAAGAUUUAGGUUAGUUCAGCCAAAUGCCUUUUCUCAUUAGAUUCAGUAUUUUGCAUGAAAAACUGAUUUUUCUAAUUCAGUGUGUUCUCUCUGUAAGCUGCAGCUUCAGGAAAGACCUAUACAUGUUCACAGUUUCUCUUAGGCACCUUCAAGGAACAUGUAUGGGAAUCCUUUGAAAUGGUAGUGUCACCUACAAGUGAUAAGUAGUAUGUGACAGAAUGUGGCAAAACCUGUAUUUCAUGGUGAACUGCUGCAUGUCUGAACCCAGCUACAGGUAAAGAAAAAGAAAAUUGAACUGUAAAAUACAAAGGAAGUCAAACUCUCAGCAUCCCUCGUGCCAUUUCCUAUACAGAAAAAUAAUGUAUAAACAUAAAUGCCCCUAUACCAGUGACACUGUGUCAUAUGAUAUAUAUAUGGACAUAUAUUGCAGACACAUACAGGUAUAACACAUAUAGGUGUUAUAAAUACAUGUCACAUAAAUUAAAACAACCAUAUAAUAGAUCUUUUAUAUGUGCCACUGCUUGAAUGUGUCUGAGAAUUCAAACUGUAUUUUUCAAUUUAGUAAAUAACAACAAUAAUAUAAUGUACCAUUAAAAAGAUUAAUAUUUGU